CUUUACGUUGAAGGGCAUAUUGACAAUCGUCUAGUCCGUACAGCGGGGACUCUCUAAUAUCAUCGACAGCAGUGACUUUAUAAUCUUGUCAAAUGGAAGUCUACGGGUCCUUGGAAGCCAGAUGGGUGCAGGGUUUCACCAGUCAACACACGCGAUUUGUGGACACAAAGACAGUAUGCUACCCUUGUGGGAAUUUCAUCGUUUUCCUGGACUUGGCGUCAAAGUCGAAGAGCAUAUUGCAGGGCCCGGGGCGGGGCAUAGGGGCCUUCACAGCCAAUGGCCACAGCAGAGUGGUGGCCUUCUCCGAGACGAGGCUGAAUCCAUCCAUCUUUGUGUACACCUACCCCAAGCUGGUCAUGAGGAGCAAAAUGAAAGGUAAUACCCAGCUGCAGUACACAGCACUUGAAUUCAGCUAUUCAGGUCCUUAUCUGGCCACCUGCUCCUCUAUUCCAGACUACACCUUGACAGUAUGGAACUGGGAAGAUGGAAUUGCACUUUGCAGCAAACCCCAGGCAGGAAAGGAGAUCUCCAGCCUGGUCUUUAAUCCCAUGAACUGGCACCAAUUUUGUGCAGCAAACCAGAACUCACUUACAGUAUGGAACAUUGAGAGAAGUGAUGACUUUCAUAUAAUGAAGCCUGUAGAGAUCCCCCUUCCAGCAUUGGAUGGCAGUCUUCCUGAGAGAAAAGAUGGUUCCUCAUUGGUCCCCAGUGGCAGACUGACUUACUAUGGACCUCAGAUGCCAGUCUCAUCCAUGGGGAGGCUCACAGGAGAAAGAGUGGAGACAUUUGUGCCAAUAGAGAAAAUGAAGGCCCUGGUACACCCCUCUUGUUUCUGCUGGACUGCCACCUCUGACCUCUGUGUGGGCUGUGAAGAAGGUCACUUGUUGCUGGUGAAUCCUGAAUCUCAGGAUGUCACUGUGCUCAGCAGCCCCGAGCAAAUGAAUUCUGCUGGAGAUGGUGAAGAAAGCGAAGUUCUACAGGAAGGUGACCUCAACAGCUUGGCUUUAUACAGGGACGGCCUGUUUGCAGCAGGAAAUGAUGGUGUUUUACGCUGCUUACGCAUCAAAGGCAAAACUGUAAAAGUCACCCAGUGCUGCAAAACUGAGGAGCCAAUACAAACCAUUGAAUUCUCCCCUGACUACGAGUCUCUGGUUCUGACUACAAGUAAUGGUUAUCUAUACAGGUACAGCCCCAGCCAACCCGGGCAGAUGUCCAGAGUGCUGGAUGUUCUCACUGGAGACUUUGUGGCUGCAGCCUCCCUGUAUCCAAGCAGCAAAUUCUGUGUGUCAGUCAGAGACUCCGGGCUGCUGCAGGUUUGGUCAAUGAAAGAUGGCAGCUGCAUCAGCUCUUUAAGUCUACAAGUGCAGGCAACAAGCUUGACGUGCUGCCCAGCUGCACAGUGUGCUGCUGUGGGGACAGCCUCCGGGCACAUCUGCUUCAUAGACCUGACCCAGGAGCACCUUCCACGACUAGUUCACAGGGUUCACCUCUACCAUGUGCCUGUGGAACACCUCCAGUAUGACCAGGGAGGAACUUUUCUUCUCAGUGGAGCUUCAGACUCGUAUAUAUUUGUGUUGGAUGCCAGGCCAUCCAAAAUGUUCGAAGUUAUUGGAUACACAGAGGCAGCAGGCUCUGUUGUAGAUCUGUCUGUUCAUUACAACAAGGAGACCAAGCACGCGAAAGUCCUAGUGCUGUCUGCUGUGAAUAAACAAGAAGGCAUGAAGGAAGAGAGCCAUCUGGAAAUGUUUGUACUACAAGCUCAACUCAUGAUAGGAGCUGCGGGCUGUGCUGACCGGCGUGGCUGCUUAAAGGAUGAGAUUCUGCAAAAACGUCAUUAUGAAGUCGGCAAACCUCUCUCCUCUGUAGUCCUGGGACCUAACAAUAGGGCCUAUGGGUACUGCAACAGGACAAAGUCCAUUCAGAAAUUCCUCUUGACAGAGGGGGGUGCAAAAGCUAAAGAUGUUGUGUUACUGACUCCAGAGAAGGAAGUUGAAGGACAUCCUCUUGGUCCGGCUUCUCUCCUCCUGUCUCCCCACCAGCAAUGGCUGGCGUCCGUAGGCAGGGACGGACUGCUGCAUAUCAGAGAGACAUCUCUAAUGGAGAAGUACCUCCAGAUGCAGUGCCACUCUUGCUGGACAGCUGGGGCUCGGACAGUUUCCUUCUCUCAAGACAGUCAGACACUUAUUACCACAGGCCUCACAGAUGGGGCUCUUGUCUGUGUCCAGCUCAGUUUUAAGACAGCCGGUAUGAACAAAGCAACUACAGCAACGGAGCAUGCACGUUCCAUGCAAUCCCUUUUGGACCCCAUGAUGGCCUCAGAGAACACGGCUCUCAGUGACCUGCCUGCAUGGAUCCAUGAGUCCCAGUCACCCACUGGAAUAACACUUCAGGAGCAGCAGGAAGAGGCCACUUCCAGGAGAUUGAGUGUGGAGUUGAUUGAGCAGGACGAGAGCUACACCAGCCUCCCUUCUGUCUCACCUGCAGAUGCUACCUGGCUUGAUCAAAAACUGGAGGAGGCAAUCAAAGAGGAGAGCCAGCAGUUUGCAGAAAAGAAAAAAAGUCUGAGAAAAGGCAUCAAGCAGCUGCGCAAAACAAUACAGGCAAUGAUGCGUGAGAAUGAAUCCCUGCCUGAGAUAGAGAAGCUGGAGCAGCAAGAAUUUAACCUGGAUGUUGAAGAACAGAAGAGGCUGCAAGCCGAGGGAGAGGAAGAAGUCAACAAGGUCCGUAAUGAGAUUGAACUGGAGAACCUAGCCAAGUGCUACCUACGUGAUGUAAUCAAAAAGGAAUGCUGGGACUCCAUGAAGGUCAAAGGGCAGGCCAUUAAGGCUUUCCACACAGAGCAUGAGGUGAAGAACUACCCCAUGAAGGAGCGCACACCCAAAGAAGUGGAGGAGUUGGAGAGAGUUCUAUGUCUGAGAAAGAUUGAACAGGCUGACCUCAGUAUCCGAAAGGAGAUCCUGGAGAGCCGAUCUAUGGGGGCAUCAGAGAGGGAUGAGGAGGAAGGAGAUGAGGAGGGGGGGAAAGUUGCUGAGAGUCCUGCUCUCAUGGGCAGUUUGAGUGCUCUGUAUGGCGGCCUCAACCCUCACCUCUACAGCCAGUUUGAACUGCACACCAGGGAGCAAAAAAUCAACCAGAUAAUUCUCCUUCAGGACGUCAUUUACAACAUUAAAACUGCCUUCAACAAGGAAUUCAGUGCUGUGUAUAAACAGAAGGAGCAGGAGAUAAACCGGGUGAUGGACAGGAACAAGAGGAUUCUGGAGAUCAUGGCCGAACUGGACCUGAAAGAGAAACUGUGGGAACCAACUCUGUCUUACAGUGAGAGGCCCGAGAGGGCUCUCACAGUGGAGGAUGCAGAGAUUAAAGUUGAAAAAUACCUCACCCCAGAACAGAAGCAGAAAGCAGAGGAGCUAGCCAAGACUGAGGAACAAAAAAGACUGGCUUCUAAGGGUGACAAUGCCAGAGAGAGAGCCCUGGAUGACAUGAUGGGAGGAGUCCUGGAAGUAAAAAAAGAGGACAUUUUGAAAAUGGAGAUUCCACAGCCUGAGUUUAUGUCUAAACCAGACCUGCAAUGGACUGAAGAGGAGAAGAAGUGCUUUAAAGAGUAUGAAAAGAAAGUGAAAGAGCUGCUUGAAGAACAGGAAAAAUAUCGCAAGGCUUUGGAAGCAGAAAUGAAGAAACUGCAGUCUUCCAUCAAGGAUUCCACACAGGCUUUUGAUGAAGCCUUAACCCGACUUUUUGAGAGGAAAGUGAAAUCUGAAAUGGUGAUUUAUCAGGAGGAGCUGAAGAUUGCAAAUCUGGUUUACUCAAUUCUCAUCGAGGAAGAGCUGGUGAACAGAGAGAAAGAACUUAACUACAAACUUGAAAAAACAAGGAAAAUGAGGAAUGAAAUUGCAGAAGAAGUAAAGAAAUGCAAAGAAGAAGUUGAUGCCUUCCGAGAAAACUAUGAUAAUGUCGUUGCAGAGGACAAACUGCUUGAUCGCGGGUUCAGGAAGGAGUUUGGUGAUGUACCUGCCCAUUUAGUUGACCACCUGUACAAGCUGUUUAAGCGCAGACCCAGGGUCCAAAGAAUGAGGACUCAAACAGACAACUCCAGUCCUUUCAAAGACCGGCCGGAGUCAGCUAGAGCAGUCAGCGAAGGUCUGUCUCAGCUGAUGAAGGCCAUGGAUGAGCUGGAUGCGGUAGAGAACAUGCCUGAGGGUCUAGACCUUGCAGUGUGGGAACGCUUUUGUCUGACCAGGAGAGCCAAGGUGAAGAGCGAACAACAGGUGAAACUAAAAGCUCUGACACUUGCUGAGAUGCAAGCUUUUUUGCAAAAGAGAACUGAAGAAGAUGAUUGUGUGAAACAGGAUAUUAAAAACAUCAUAGAUGAGCUUAAUGGGACACGCGAUGAGAAGAUGAGAUUCCAGCUGGAUCUAAUGGUCCAGUUCCUCAUAAAGCAAGGCCAGGUGGAAGUGGAGACCGGGAACUUCAUUGCAGACUAUUCUGAUUCUGUAUUACUGCACAGGAGUGUAGUGGAAGAUCUUAAUGGAACUAUCAAGACUUUAGGAGAGCAGAAGAUUGCAAGUAUGGUGGAAAGUAAAGAAUUCAGAAAGGGCAUCAUCCAGCAGGAGUGGGAGCACAAGAAGCUGCGAAUGCACAUGGAAGACCUGCACAAUAAAGCCCGGGAUAUCCAGAUGCUGCGGGUCACCCAAGAACUGCAGGCAUACCUGAAUGAGACAGAUCACGAUGACCGUCUGUCCACACAGCUUUCGACUUUGCAAAAAACACUUUCUAUGCAAGAAAAGAACCAUAAGAAGAAUGUGAGCAAUACCAAGAAGCUGAUCAAACAACUGAACAGGCAGAUCGCACAAAAGGCAAAGGCCAAUGCAAUCCUGGAUCAGCAGCUGCAGGAGAUGAUGGUGACCGUGGCAGAGAGGAGACACAUCUACGACGCUAUAGCUGUGGAGCAAAACCAGGACACCACCACAGAAGAGCGGUAUCAAGACAUCAUCCAGAGGAGGAAGCUGGUGGAUCUGGCCAAAGCACAAGCUCAGGAGGUGGCCAUCCUCCGAGCAGAGGUGGAGAGACUGAGAAUGAAGACAUUCCCAGCCCUGGUCCAGCUGGAACACUGAACACCUGGAGAAAGCCCAUGACAAAACAGGACACUGGGUUUUUACACCACUGCUUUACUAGAACUCACAGCAUCAGCACAGUCCCAUCCAUUAAAGCCAAACACUUCAAUUACAUUUUUUUCAUAAAAUACAUAGACAUAUUAAACACGUCAAUAGUUUUUUUGUGUAAAAAACCUAUGGCCUAAAGCUAAUCUUAAUUGUAACUGACUGCUUUAACAAUCGUAUUAUAUCUUAAAGGGCAUGAGAUGGGUACUUCUACGAAUAAAGACUGAAGGUACA